GAUCCUCACAUUCUCACGCAUGCGCACUACCUUUGUUUAUCAAAGAUGGCUGAAAAGGCGGACCCUCCCUCCAGUUCUCCUCCACCGUCUCCGUCAGCGAACCGUUGGUCUCGUCACGAGAUCCCUCUCUCUAGAAGAGAGGGCGAAGAGGUCUUAGCUCACAGACUUUGGAUGGCACCACCUCGAAAGCCACCUCCUGAACCUUUAGAUAUGGUAAAGCGUUAUUCUUGUGUCUAUAUACCUGAGUGAGUUUGUUGGUAGAGUUUGUUAAAAUUCGCAGAGAGAUCUUAGAAGGGUUUUUCUAAGAAUUUUUGCUAGCUGACCUGAUGAUAGCAGUAG